CACCUCCCCUCCCCUCGGGAUGAAGCCUCCCCCUCUUCUGACCUUCCUCUGCCUCCUGGUGGCCCUGGCCAGCGGGAACCUGGUCCAGUUUGGGGUGAUGAUCGAGAGGAUGACGGGGAAGCCAGCGCUGCAGUACAAUGACUACGGCUGCUACUGCGGCGUUGGGGGCUCCCACUGGCCCGUGGACCAGACGGACUGGUGCUGCCAUGCCCAUGACUGCUGCUACGGGCGCCUGGAGAAGAUGGGCUGUGAACCCAAGCUGGAAAGGUAUCUCUUCUCUGCCAGCAAGAACAACAUCUUCUGUGCCGGCCGAACCGUCUGCCAGCGUCAGACCUGCGAGUGUGACCGGACUGCCGCUCUCUGCUUCCGCCAGAACCUGGGCACCUACAACCGCAACUUCGUGCGCUAUCCCAACACACUGUGCAGCGGCCCCACACCGCCCUGCUAGGGCCAGGCCCACCUCUGCACUGGGCCUCACCUCCAGCGGCCCCGGUCUGGGCAGCACUGACACCAAAGGCUCUCCCUCCAGAAAGUCCUUUCUCACACCCCCACCCCCCCACCCCCGAGAGCUCCCAGACUGUGGCCUGGACCAUUGCUGGUCCUCCUAGGAAGAGCCAAGGGACCCUCUAGCACCCAGACGAUUCUAUAACCCAGCCCUGAGAUCCCCGUUCCCUCUCCUAAGUAAGUGAAUAAUGUCCUAUGAUUCUAAUAGUCUCUGAUUCCCAGAUUCUAUCAUUAUAGGAUUUCAUUAGUCUGUAGUUUCUUUCAUUCACUUUUUUUUUUUCUUCCGAGUCUCUACCCUGUGCCAGCAAUGUGCUAAAUAAGCACUGGGGAUGCGGCAGGAACCAAUGGGACACGGUGACCUCUGCGGGUAAUUCUAACAUUCUGCCCUUUCCAUUUCCCCUUAUAGUAAGUUUUUGUGAUUCUCUUUUUCUAACAUUCUACAACCUUAUGCAAGACAGUAAUGGCGAUCUCCAGAAGGAAUAGAUCUGGCCAUAUGGUGUCAUGUGAGAAGCAUGAAAAAUACCAACCUAAAAAUAUUGUCCCCACCAUGUCAGCAGGCCUCAAAUCCCUCCAAUUAGCAGAACGGCUAAGUGUGAAAAAAAAAGCUCCA